AUGAUUAGAGUCAACACGGCGAAGGCAGACUCCAACCUCGCAGCGGCUGUCCUGCUCGGUGCAGCGACACUCAUGCUGCUUUUCACUUGCAUUUCGUCUCCGGUCGUGGCCUCGAUGAGGACGUAUCGGCUGAGCUACUGGCAGACAGGCGCAGUUCGCUAUGUAGACGUGGGACUAUGGGGAUACUGUGUCGAGCCUAUCAGACUACUUGGAUACAGCUCGUUCACAUUUGACGCCAACGUUGUGGAAGGCUGCUCGAAAACCAGAGUUAGAUUCUCGUUAGAUAGCAUUGUUGCCGCUGCUCUGGACGCCCCAGGACUAGAUGGCCUAUACUCCAGAGCCCAUACAGGUCUUCUUGUGCUCUAUCCAAUCGUGACAGCCCUUAGCGCGUUCUCGUGUGUGCUCCAGUCUACCAUCCACCUCUCCAAUCGCACACGAAGCAUGCAGAUCGGUGUCUCUGCACGGGGGGUCACUUGGAUCUUUUGCUACAACGCGUUCACGACCCUCCUUGUCCUCGUCGCAUUCCUUGUGCAGAUCUCUGUGAUUGCGACAGCGAAAGUGAGGGUGAACAAUAUCCGGAGAACAGACAGCAGCCUGUCAUUCUAUUGGGGCAACACCAUUUGGCUCACCGUUGUUGCCAUCGUCUGCCACCUCAUUGACCUCGGUGUCCUCUACAGCAUGCGCAAAGCUCUGCUACAGCAGGAGCGCGACCACGCGGCAGAGCAGGCCAUCAAGAAGGCCCAGAAGCAGAAAAAGAUCAAGAGCCCGAAAGCGAGUCCGAAGAGGCUCAACGAGGAAGAGCAGGAGUCCAGGAGGGAGGAGGAGAAUCCGUCCAGACCUCACCCUAUCUCUCAUGUAUUGAGCCCACCACCGGCAUAUGAGCUCGAUGGAUAUGUAGAAUCCAGGACGACGAAUAAUGCUACGUCCAUGAGAGAUGGUUCAUGA